AUGUGUUUCGAGAGAUUUCUGCUAUCAGAGGCCGUGCCCGUCGAGAACAUCGAGGCAGCUACAGUCACCAGAGCCUUCUACACCACAUGGGUGGCACGUUUCGGCGCCCCCCUGAGGGCCACCACCGAUCAAGGCCGACAAUUCACGUCCUCCCUGUUCGCGGCCCUCGCCGCCUUGGUGGGCAUGACUCACCUCCAGACCACCGCCAACCACCCGGCCUCCAACGGGAUGGUGGAGAGGUUGCACCGUACGGUCAAGGCAGCCAUCCGCUGCCACGCUACCGAGCACUGGGUAGAUGUCCUACCUACUGUCUUGCUCGGCAUUCGAGCCACCUGGCGUGACGACCUCCAUUCCUCCACUGCGAAGGACCUUCCGAUGGCUUCUGAGGUCUUCAUCCACUGCGAGGGGCAAAAGGGGUCCCUAAACGCGCCCUACGAGGGCCCCUUCCCCAUACUCAGCAGAACUCUGAAAACUGCAAACCUCCUGAUGCAUGGCCGGCACACCACGGUCUCCAUUGAUCGACUCAAGCCUGCCAACGUCUUGGCCGACCAGGAGCCAAGAGCCACAGCUACGGGCUACGGGCCAGAACGCGCGGACUACGAGGCCUCCGCUCCGGCUCUCUGUGACGGCAGCAGUUGUGUUUACAUGUGUCAACGCACCGCCAAGCCACAGCAUGACUUGUUAUGUACAUUUGUGCAAACUUGA